UGCCUAGUUAGAGUAGUCGGUGACAAAUCUUGAGAACUCACAUUUCCAACAUGAAUUUACUACUGUUUUUGUGCAUCGUUUUACUAAUUGGCUCAGCUGAUGUGUGGCUCACUUCCAGCUCGCUCCAUUUCGGAGAUCAAGAGGACAUGACCCUCAUCAGCCGGUUUGAAACAGAUAUCAGAACCCAAGUUACCUGGUUCAAACAGGAUCUCAGCGGAAAUGUGACAUUGGUAAAGUUAUUCAGUCAGCAAGCUUAUCCAAAUCACGACCGUUAUUUUGUCUCGGUUGACGGCUCCAAUAUCAUGUUGACGGUUACCCAAAUUACCGCUGAGGACUCGGGACGAUACUUUGCAGUGAGGCUUAACGGCUUGAACUUCGAGGCAGGAACUAUACAGGACAUCGCCGUGACAGACCAACUUGCCGUCCCGGUAAUGCGUGUGUUCCAACAGUCGGGACCGGUGCGCGUGUUUCUUUGCGAGGUAAUCGGUGGCGGGCAGGGAUGGAGCAAACCAUACUGGAUGGGGGUUGACGGACAAAACAUGACAGUGGAUAGCGAGAUGAUCAGAUCGUUUGACGAAAACGGUUUGUUCACUCAAUCAACCAUCCUCAUCCCGUCAUUGGCAGACGGAGUAAAGGCCGCCAUGUGUGUGUGUCGUCGGGAGAGCACAGGAACCAUGAUCCAAUCCGGUAUACAAAUACUAACAACCAAGAAGGUGACGGGUUCCUGUGAUAUCCUGCUGUACGUGGUUCUCCUGACCUGCCUGCUGCUUCUGCUGGCCGGCGCAGCGGCUGCUGUGCGGGCCACGAGGAGCGGGUGUGUCACCGCCUAUAGGUUAUCUCGGAGGAGCUGAAUAUUUCGCUAUAGCAUGGGCUAAAAUAAAAUGAGAUUAUAAAGUAAAGAUACAUUUAUAAUCCAUAGGCCUAAUCGAAUAAUUUGCUAUAUGUGGUGUGUGUUCUCACAUAUGGCUGCUGCAGUUUAAUUUCAAUAAGGCAUGUCGUUUUAGCAGACGCCCUUGAAAGGUUAGAUUAAAAAACACAAUAAUAUCUGAAUGCAGUCACAAUUUAAAAAAGAAUGUGGGAUAUGAAUAAAUUCGGCUGUACAAAGAUGAAAUGUGUAGCCUAUAACUGAAUAGGCUAUUGCCCCCCUCCGUGCGCCUCAACAGCCUAUAACAAAUGCUAUGACAUAUUAUAUCUUCCUAAUGUGUUUUAUAAUCUAACCUAGCCCUAACAUCUAGGCUAGUAGGGUAUGGCUAUACGAUGUGCAUUUUACAGAUAAAAUAAUAAAAUAAAUACAAAUAUGUAAACGUUGUGUUAGAACGGUGUUGCAUUGCCAGAUACACAGGCCCGUAGAGAUUACCCUCGCGGCUCGCAGGGACGGGGGGCCAAAAAAAAAAAGCUUCUGAAAAAGUUCAGAAGCUCCAUAUCUCAAGAGAAGCUGUCAAGUCUGGCCAUCCUUAGCAUAGAGAAUACACAUGCACGCAGUUUAUAUGUAAAGAGCGUGGCUAAAGACUUUGCACACAGAUUUGCUAAAAGACGCGCACAGCCUAUUCACCUGCAAACCUGUAGAAAGUAGCCUACCGGUGUAUCGACUAUAUGUAGGCAUAUUUGUUGUGUUGUUGUAACAUAUGUUCUGUUUGAGCUGUUUGAUAGGCCCUAGCCUAUGUUUUUUUUCUGUUGGA